AUGCGAUGUGCCCCAGGCUGUUGUGCAGUUGUUAUCCAACAUCUUCAGGCUGUGGGGCUCAGCUCUGAUGUGUGGUUUGCUUACGUUCUGACCUCUGUCCUCAAACAGUGCACGGUUCAAGUCAAAUUGGAGCUGGGGCACCGAGCCCAGCUGCGGAAGAAGCCCACAACUGAGGGGUUCACCCAUGACUGGAUGGUGUUUGUGCGCGGCCCGGAGCAGUGUGACAUCCAGCACUUUGUGGAGAAGGUGGUCUUCAGGCUGCAUGAGAGCUUCCCGAAACCCAAGCGAGUGUGCAAGGAGCCCCCGUACAAAGUGGAGGAGUCUGGCUACGCAGGCUUCAUUAUGCCCAUUGAAGUGUACUUCAGAAAUAAGGAGGAGCCGAAAAAGGUUUGUUUCACAUACGACCUGUUUUUAAACUUGGAGGGAAAUCCACCAGUGAACCACCUGCGUUGUGAGAAACUGACUUUCAACAACCCCACCAAGGAAUUCAGACGCAAACUUAUUAAGGCUGGAGGGGUAAGUGCCAGAGGGAUCAGAGAGCUGAAGAGGUGCUGUUCAGAUGUGUGGGGAUUUAGUUUUGUUCCGAGGUUUUUCUCCUUGCGUGCAGCCCAGUAG